AUGAAAGGCUGGGUCACAGUGGUGACUGGUGGUGGCACAGGCCUUGGACUGAUUGCCGCCCGCGCUCUGGCGGCCAAUGGCGCAAAGGUCUACAUAACAGGCCGUCGGAAAGAGGUGCUAGACAAGAGCGCCUCUAUUCAUGGAUCGCCCGACUCUUUGGGGUCGAGCGAGGGUGCCAUCAUACCAAUUGAAAUGGAUGUGACUUCUAAAGAGAGCAUCCAGAAAGUAGUUGAGAUUGUCGAAAGAGAAGCCGGUUAUGUGAAUGUACUGGUCAAUAAUGCAGGGAUUGGUACAGGUCGUGCGGCCGCAGCCGCCUCUGAUGGACCCGAGAUAUAUGGAAGGGCUAUGUUUGCGGAAAGCAUUGAUGAUGAUUUCCAGAAAGCAUACCUUUCAAACUGCACCCAGGUGUAUUUUGUGACUGCGGCAUUUAUGCCACUGCUGGCAAGGGCAAAGUCGAGUCCUGCUCAGGUUCCUGGUAAUGUCAUCAAUAUUGCCUCCAUUAGUGGCUUCACAAAAUGGUCCCAGAACAGCCAGUAUUCCUACAAUUCCAGCAAAGCUGCUGUCAUCCAUUUAACUCGGAUGUUGGCAUGUGAACUAAGCCAUGAAAACAUCCAAAUUCGCGUCAACGCCAUCGCCCCAGGCUACUUCCCGACCGAGUUAACGACCAACUCUCUGGACCCCCAGAACCAAAGCCCAUGGCCUUUGGACGCAUUUCAGAAGGAAAUGAAGCGUGUCGGUGCGAAAGCCAGCCGCCCAGGUACUGAUGAGGAAUUUGCAUCUGCUAUUCUCAACUUGUCUGUUAAUGGCUACAUCUGGGGUCAUGUUAUGGUAGUUGAUGGUGGAUUAUUGCUUCGCCAUCCUUCUUCUGUCUAG